AUGGAUUGGCCCCUGCUGACCUCGGAUUCGGAGAAACACUCCAACCAAAGAAUGUUAUGUAAGGAGCUCCCUCAACAAAACUCCCUCCCAAUCGGAUGCCAGAACAAAGAAACGAACAACCAAAGCUUCAAGCCCCCGAUUCUCGUCAACGAGCAACUUUCGGUCGUCGGUUCGAGAGCAGGUGGUGCUCUGUUGGUCCCUCAAUUGCCAACCAGUACCGGUCUCUAUGGUACGCUCAUUGCCGGUGUGCUCAUGGCCAGUGUCUCCUAUUCGCCCUUGUAG